AUGGCUUCCUCAGACCUGGAACAGUUAUGUUCUUAUAUUAAUGAAAAGAUCAGUAAUAUUAAAAACACUUUGUCUUUAAGAAACUGUGGCCAAGAACCUGUCUUGAAAACUCUGCUAAAUAAAAUUGGAGAUGAGAUCAUUGUCGUAAAUGAACUCCUAAAUAAACUGGAAUUGGAAAUUGAGUAUCAAGAACAAACCAGCAGUGCACUCAAGGAACUCUGCGAAUCUCUUGGAAAAGAUUACAAAGACGCUCAACAUCUCAAAGAAAACAUUCCCCCCCAUUUGCCUCCUGUAACAGAAAGCAAGAACCUCGAUCAGGGGUCAGAAGUUAAACCUGAUGAACCAGUCGAAGCUGUGGAACCUGCACCCAUAAAUAAGCCCCGCAAAGAACAACGGAACAUUAAAGAAAUGCCGUUUAUAACUUCUGACGAGUUCAAUGGUGUUCCCGGCUACAUGAAAUCACGCUUAACCUAUUGUCAGAUUAAUGAUGUUAUUAAAGAAAUUAACAAGGCAGUGGCCUGUAAAUAUAAGAUCUUGCAUCAACCGAAAAAGUCUCUGAGUUCUGUGGCCAGAAACCUUUAUCACAGAUUUAUGGAAGAAGAAAUAAAGGAUACCAAAGGUCACUAUUUCAUAGUGGAAGCAGACAUAAAGGAGUUCACGGCUCUGAAAGUUGACAAGAGGUUUCACGUGAUCCUGAAUAUUUUGCGACACUGUAAGAGGCUGUCAGAGGUCCGAGGGGGAAGAAUUACCCGUUACGUUAUAACCUGA